AUGGCCCUCAAGAUCCUUAUCUGCGGCGGAGGCAUUAGCGGCAACGCCCUCGCCUUCUGGCUCUCACAGCGCCACGAUGUCACGGUGAUCGAGCACUUUCCCUCCCUGCGUUACUCCGGAUUGCAACUAGAUUUACGAGGACCAGGUAUUGAGGUACUACGCCGGAUGGGUCUCGAGACUGCCUUUCGCGCGUGCACUGUCCACGAGCAGGGACUGCAACUCGUCGACAGCUGGAAUCGCCGCUGGGCAUGGUUCGCAGCCAAUCGAUCCGGCCACGGCCUGCAGAACUUCACUACGGACUUUGAGAUCAUGCGCGGCGAUCUCUGCCGGCUGCUGUACGACGCUUGCCGGGAUCGCGUGCGAUAUAUCUUCGGGCACCGCGUGCAACACCUCGAGCAGACAGCGCACAACGUCACUGUGCUCUUCUCCGACGGACAGCAAGAUCGUUUCGAUUUCGUUGUGGGUGCCGAUGGUCUAGGAUCACGUACGCGUCGCAUGAUGCUAGACGCAGACGCUCCGGACCCGUUGCGACCCGUAGGAACCACAGCGGGAUACUUCACCAUGGCGCGGGAACUCCAGCCGGGCGAGCAAUACAUGGCCAGCUGCUAUCUCGCAACGUAG